AAAAAAAAAAAAAAAAAAAAAAAAGAAGGGACCGCUAAUAGAGAGAGCUUUUCGUUCUGGUUCGUUGCCGCGUAACACGUCCUCUCUCUCGCUCUUUUCCCUCCUCUUCUUUAUAUCACUUCCCAAAAACCCUAACCCUAAUUCGUCUUCUCCUACCUUUGGAUUUUGUCUCCAAAAUCGAUUUUUCUAAUCGUUUUCUUGCAAAUCUUAGAUCCACAAUUUUCAUCUUCCCCAACCGUCGAUUAUGGUCGAGCUUAGGGUUCCCAAUCCAAUCCACCCCGUUUUGUUCUUCUUACGAGUAUCGCUAUGAAUAUUUUCAUUUGAUUCAUAUAUACAUAUGUGACUAUGUCUUACUCAACAAAUCCAUACGUUUCUCCCAGUUGAUUUUUAUAUUUAAAAAAAAAAAAAAAAUCGCAUCUUUUCUCCGAUUUGGGAUUGAGACCCCAGGCACUACAUGUUUUACGGAUUGAAACGCCAUUGUGUGAAACUUGAGCAAUUUUACAAUGGAAGGAGAUAUGGUGGAAGAGAGUUCAGAACUGAAGAAAGGAUUAAAGAGAGACCGUGUGUGUUUUGAAGAAGAAGAUAGUGUACAAGAACAACAACAAGGAGAGCUUUAUUCUAACAAGAGACAAGCCAAGGAAGCUUCAAACGAUGACAUCAGGUCUGAAAUAUCAAACCCAGUCCUGUCUCCCGUUGAUAUUGCCUCUAGUUUUCGCGAUAUCACUAGCAAUCCUGCUAAAUCGAGUUCAGGUGACCGCGUUGGGUCUUGCUCUGUUUCCGAUGACACUCUAAGCAGCGACGACAACGACGAGAAACAGAGUGAAUAUGGCGCAGCAUCGUUAGCAGAUAGCUCGCAGUCGAGUGAUGAUGUGCCGUCUUGUUUCGUAAGGGAGAUUCCAAAGCAUCUUAGCACAACCGGGAUUACUAAAAUCACGUUUAAGCUCAGUAAACGAAAUGAGGGUUUCUGUGGUUUGCCCAUGAUUGAGUAUACUUGGGAGGGUUCUCCUUCGAAUGUAGCUUCUUCGACUUUAGGUGUGAAACCCUCGAAGAGGAUUGUCUUUACCAACUUCGCAUCUAAUGUGAAGAACCUAUUGUUGACGGGUAUUCUCGAUGGUGCUCGGGUGAAGUACUUUUCAACCUCACCUCCGAGAGAGCUUCAAGGGAUAAUCUACUCGGGUGGGUAUUUGUGUGGCUGUACUGCAUGCGAUUUCUCCAAAGUUCUAAGUGCUAAUCAGUUCGAGAGGCAUGCUGGUGUGAAAAAGAAACACCCUAAUAAGCACAUAUAUUUGGAGAAUGGAAGGUCGGUUUAUAACUUAGUUCAAGAGCUGAAGAUUGCACCGUUUGAUGUUGUCGAGGAUGUGAUAAGGAAUUUGGCUGGUUCUGCUCUGAACGAGGAUAGCUUUCAGGUUUUGAAAGAAAGUUUCCAGCAGGAUAAUAACAUGGCUGAAGAUGUUAGCAAUUAUAUCGUGGAUCAUUCGUUUCAAUCCCUUGUCAGUUGCAGUUAUCCUGGUUCUGAUUGGUCUCUUGAUGAGAGUCAAAGCACUACUCCAUGUUUUCCAGAGAACAAUUAUUUUAGAGAGAAAAUCUGUAUAAAGGACACACGACACGAACAUAAGCCAAAAGAAAAGAAGCAUACCUCUCAUAUGUUUGGUAUUGGCUGCCAUAAGAAAGUUUCUGGACGCGGUAAAUCGAAGAGGGACUUUGAUUUACACCGGUUGCUGUUUUUGCCAAAUGGGCUACCCGAUGGGACUGAAUUGGCUUACUAUUGGAAAUCAAAGAAACUUCUGCAGGGUUACAAGCAAGGAAGUGGCAUAGUAUGUAGCUGCUGCGAUACAGAGAUUAGUCCUUCACAAUUCGAAGCACAUGCUGGAAUGGCUGGUAGACGACAACCUUAUCGUCAUAUCCUCGUAUCUUCGGGAUUGUCAUUGCAUGAUAUAGCCGAGUCAUUGGCGGGUGGGGAACAUGUCAUUACAACUGGUGAGAGCGAUGACAUGUGUUCUAUUUGUGGCUAUGGUGGAGAUUUGCUACUCUGUGCUGGAUGUCCUCAAGCAUUUCAUACAGUAUGCUUGAAAUUUCAAUCAAUGCCUGAAGGUACUUGGUACUGUUCAAGCUGCAAUGAUGGACCUAUCUCUUUUAAAACAGCCACUUCUGCUAAUCCUAAUUUAAAACCCAUAGUUAUAAGACUAACAAGAGUUGUCAAGGCACCAGGAAACGAAAUUGGUGGUUGCGUGUUCUGCAGGUCACAUGAUUUUAGCAUUGGGAAAUUUGAUGAUAGGACAGUUAUUCUCUGUGACCAGUGUGAGAAAGAGUACCAUGUCGGUUGUCUCAGGGAAAAUGAGCUUUGUGAUUUGAAAGGAAUCCCCCAAGAUAAAUGGUUCUGCUGUAGUGACUGCAGCAGGAUUCACACAGUUCUUCAAAGCUCUGCUUCAUGUGGGCCACAAACAAUUCCCUCGCUUUUGUUAGACACAAUAAGCAGAAAAUACAGAGAAAAAGGAAUAUAUAUUGACAACGGAGAUAUUGUGGAAUGGAGGAUGCUUAGAGGAAAAAGUCGAUACCCAGAGCAUCUACCCUUACUUUCACGAGCAGCUGCUAUCUUCAGGGAUUGUUUUGAUCCCAUUGUGGCAACGUCUGGUCGUGAUCUCAUUCCUGUCAUGGUUUAUGGGAGAAAUAUAUCAGGCCAGGAGUUUGGAGGAAUGUAUUGCUUGGUCCUGAUGGUGAAUUCCCUUGUUGUUUCUGCCGCACUGCUUAGGAUAUUUGGUCAGAAAGUUGCAGAACUUCCGAUGGUAGCUACAAGCCAAGAGUAUCAGGGAAGGGGCUACUUUCAAGGCCUGUUUGCUUGCGUUGAGAAUCUUCUUUCCUCUCUGAAUGUUGAGAACUUGCUUCUCCCAGCAGCUGAAGAAGCCGAGUCUAUCUGGAUAAAGAAAUUUGGCUUCACAAAGAUGACUGAACAUCAAUUAGAGAAGUACCAGAGAGAAGUGCAACUUACAGUCUUCAAGGGAACAUCAAUGCUCGAGAAGAAAGUUCCGAAUUUUUCAGAAACAACUUCACCCAUCUGAUAUCAUCAUCUUUCAUGGAAGAUUUUUUUUGAAGCUUCAUCUUGGAUUUUGGUAUUUGGGAUCUUUCCUUUUUUUGCUUUCUCGGCCCUUUAAAAACCCCACGCUUGUUUUCUUUUUGCAGAAGGGUCAUUUCUUGUGUACCUCUGUUAUUUUUUUUGUACAAGCUCUUAACAGAGAAGCAUAUUAGAACUUAGGGUUGACACAGGAUAGGUUUCAGACCUAGUGAGAUAUUUUGUAAAGGAAAGAAUUAAAAAGAAGAAGCAAAUAUAAUAAAGUUAAAAGUCAAAGCA